AUGAAUUUACAAAUAGCAGUAAAGCAGAUCAUUGGCAUUCAUACCAUUUGGGGAAAGUUACAAUAUCCUAUGUUGAAAAUAAACAAGAAGAUACAGAUAGUAAUAAUCUUUUUAUUCAAAGCACGUAUAGCAGUAAAGCAGAUCAUUGGCAUUCAUACCAUUUGGGGAAAGUUACAAUAUCCUAUGUUGAAAAUAAACAAGAAGAUACAGAUAGUAAUAAUCUUUUUAUUCAAAGCACGUAUAGCAGUAAAGCAGAUCAUUGGCAUUCAUACCAUUUGGGGAAAGUUACAAUAUCCUAUGUUGAAAAUAAACAAGAAGAUACAGAUAGUAAUAAUCUUUUUAUUCAAAGCACGUAUAGCAGUAAAGCAGAUCAUUGGCAUUCAUACCAUUUGGGGAAAGUUACAAUAUCCUAUGUUGAAAAUAAACAAGAAGAUACAGAUAAUAGCAGUAAAGCAGAUCAUUGGCAUUCAUACCAUUCGGGGAAAGUUACAAUAUCCUAUGUUGAAAAUAAACAAGAAGAUACAGAUAGUAAUAAUCUUUUUAUUCAAAGCACGUAUAGCAGUAAAGCAGAUCAUUGGCAUUCAUACCAUUUGGGGAAAGUCACAAUAUCCUAUGUUGAAAAUAAACAAGAAGAUACAGAUAGUAAUAAUCUUUUUGUUCAAAGCACGUGUAAUGCAUAAUGAAUAUAGCAGUAAAGCAGAUCAUUGGCAUUCAUACCAUUUGGGGAAAGUCACAAUAUCCUAUGUUGAAAAUAAACAAGAAGAUACAGAUAGUAAUAAUCUUUUUGUUCAAAGCACGUGUAAUGCAUAA